UGCGAUCCUGCGCUCUCUCGCCGGCUUCAGUCCUCUUUCUCGCACUGAUCGUCCCUCUCGGUGUUUCGAUAGAGGGGCUGCACGCGCGAUUGCGCUAUUGAUACCCACUUUAUAGUGUGUCUGUGGAAAGUCACCCUCUCUCUCUCCCUCUCUCUCUCUCUCCCUCGCGCUCUUCUCCUCCUCUCCGGCUGCUCUUUGGUAAACUAACAGGGAGGUGUUAACUACUUUUGCUUGUCCAAAGCGCCUCCCGUUAUCUCCGGCGCUGCUGCGCAAGAGCCACAGGGGCCAGAGCUGCUGAUACUCUACCCGCAGAAAAGUUUUCAGCUUUUUGUGAGGAUAAAAAAGAAGAAGAAGAAGAAGCCGGAAACCCGGGAGUCGUCUUUAUGAAAAGCGGAUUCAUCCACGGCAAGUUUGGUGACCCCCCUGAAGAUGCGGAAUCGGCUUUGACGACCUACAGAUAUCCACCUGUCCCAGAACAUUCAACUUAACCAACAAAUCCAGCAAUCAGGAAGGAGAGAGGAAAAAACGUUAUCUAGAACAUUCAUUGUAUUUAAUAUCAGCACUAACCUAAUCCAGACUGCUACUUUAGUGAAUGACAGAACAUGCCCAAUGGCAUAUACGAGGCAUGGAAUGAUCUGAACUGAACAGAGUUUGAGUUUGGUUAUUUGGUUAGAGGCAAAAUAGAAAACUUUAGUUCCACUGCAGAGAAAUGAACUGAAUUCAAGCUAAUCUGAACAGACGUUGGCUGAGUCUUCAUUUUCUUCAAAAACACUCUUUUCUCACUAAGGGCUGUUUUUGGAGCCCCUUCCUUCAACAAGCCAAAACCUUCAAGUCUCCAACCCGGAUUCCCUUACUUCUUCAGACCCUUUCCAAGGGUCUUGGACAUUGUUUUUAAUCUCAUUGAGGAGGAAUAAUUUCCUCCUUCUGAAAUUCCCGCAGCCUUCUUUGUCAAUCCAGACAUGGACCUCCACCGGGCAGCUUUCAAGAUGGAGAGUUCCUCCUACCUGCCCAAUCCCCUGGCUUCCCCAGCUCUCAUGGUCCUGGCCUCCACAGCCGAAGCUUCUCGCGAUGCUUCCAUUCCCUGCCAGCAGCCGCGUCCCUUUGGUGUGCCAGUUUCUGUGGAGAAAGACGUCCAUUUGCCAUUCAACAACGGCUCUUACACUUUUGCGUCAAUGUACCACCGCCAAGGCGCUGUCCCACCAGGGUUUCCCAAUAGGGACUUUCCUCCAUCCCUCCUUCACCUCCAUCAUCAGUUUGCCCCACCUAACCUGGACUGCUCGCCCAUCAGCAUGCUGAAUCACAGCGGCGUUGGCGCCUUCCGGCCCUUUGCAUCGCCUCCAGAAGAUCGGGAUGGGGCACCAGGAGGGUAUCAGUCUGCUUUCACCCCAGCCAAGCGCCUCAAAGGGUGCCUAGAUGCAGAGUCUUCACCCCAUCUGCGGUACUCUGAUGCUGAAGGGAAAGAGUACGACUUUGGUGGUGCACAGAUCCCCCCCGGGGGCUCCCCCAGCAGCGCCCUGAAAGCAGUGGAAGACAGUGGGAAAAAGAUCUUCGCUGUGUCAGGCCUCCUGUCUGAUAGAGAGACUUCAUCCAGUCCUGAGGACCGCAUUGAACGCUGUAAAAAGAAGAUGUCCCUGUAUGACAGCCAGGCUCCAGUCUGUCCCAUCUGCCAGGUGUUGCUCAGGCCUGGAGAGCUACAGGAACACAUGGAGACAGAGAUAGAGAGGCUAGCCACCAUCUGCCUCAGCAGUAAGAACCCGUCAUCCAAGGAUGGAGCGGCCACUCCAGGAACCCCCAAGUCCAUGCUGCUGUCGGUGCACAUCAAGCGUGAGGGAGAGUCUCCUGUGGUCUCGCCCCUGUCGUCAGAGGAUGCCCACCACUCCGACAGAUACCAGACAUUUUUACGAGUUCGGGCAAACAGGCAAACGAGAUUGAAUGCCCGUAUAGGGAAGAUGAAGAGGAGGAAGCCUGAGGAAGGGGGCCAGGUAUGUCCGCUGUGCAGCGCCCCAUUGGCUGGGAGCGAGGAGGAGAUGAGUAGACAUGUGGAACAAUGCCUGAUCCAGCGCGAGGGAGCGUUAGGCGACGAUGACUCUGCUGACAUGGAUGGAGAAAAUGGGCGGGGCUUUGAGGAGUACGAGUGGGCGGGACAGAAGAGGAUCAGAGCUACAGCUUUGCUGGAGGGAGGCUUCAGAGCAACUGGUUUUGCUACGUGUAGCAUCAAAGAGAGCGCCGCAGACAGCGAUGCCGACCUUGAUGUGGAUGGAGACGACACCUUGGAGUAUGGCAAGGCUCAGUACACCGAGGCCGACAUCAUCCCCUGCUCCGGUGCUGGAGAGGACCAGGGAGAAGCCAGGGAGCGAGAGGCGCUACGGGGAGCUGUGCUCAACGGGGGGAUGCCUUCUAAUAGAAUAACACCUGAAUUCUCCAAAUGGGCCAGUGAUGAGAUGCCUUCAACAAGCAACAGCGAGAGCAGCAAGACAGACCCCAGCACUCCCUCGUCUUCCUCCUCUUCCUCCUGCGCCCCACGCACCUGUAAAAACAGCGAGAUUGAAAAGGUAACGGAGGAAGAGUCCACGGCAACCACCAUGGAGGCCCUGAAGGCUCGAAUCAGAGAGCUGGAGAAGCAGAUACUCCGAGGAGACCGAUACAAAUGUCUCAUCUGCAUGAGGAAGCCUGCUAUCCAGUCAGGCGCGGAGCUCAAGAGCAUAGGGGCCAAUGAGGUCGGAGAGAGGCAGCCUAAGUCCCUCCCCCUCGGCCUGUAUUGCCUGUACAGGGGCCUUGUGAUUGGUGGCUACAGCAGCGGCAUAAAGAGGCUCCUCCCACAGCCCUUACGGAGGGACUCCUACACGAUGCCGCUCACCUCCAUCCAGUGCUGGCACGUCCACUGUGAAGAAUGCUGGCUCAGGACUCUGGGAAACAAGAAGCUGUGCCCACAGUGCAACACCAUCACCUCACCCGGAGACCUGAGGCGUGUCUACUUGUAAAGAGCACAACCCCUGCCUUUGUUCCUUCCGGUCCAUUCUUCCAUCUUGGAUUUGUCUCCUUCCCCGUCGAUCAUCUUUAGUUCUUCUCGCUCUGUCUCUCUCUGUUGCGCGGCCUGGGUCAGCAGCUGCCAAGCCUCCACGACAGCUGUGUUUGAGACUGUGCCAGUUCUUCCAGGAGGGCGGCUUGAACAAAUGACUAAGCAAGCGCACUUUGGCUGAAUCUGACUAUGGUCAGCAGUCUCCUGAGUAACCUGCGCAAAAAAUAAAGGGGAGGAAAAAAAAGGGCCCGGAGACCUUCAGUCCCCAAUUGCCAGCAGUUGUUUCCGCUGCCUCAAUGACACAAGAACCUCUAUAACUGUCUGUAAAAUAGAGGGAUCUUACACUGAAGGACUAAGUCAGUGGAAACGCCCACUAAGACCUUGUAGCUUCACACUGCUGGAGGUGGACCUCAGAGGAACUUCUUAAUACAGGAUCUAACUCCCCUCCUCCCUGCUAGCUCUUCGGCAGAACUUCAGUGGUGCUGGAUGGCGGGCUUCACCCUGAUGACUCUAGAGAAAGCUUCUUUUCUUAUUUUUGUUCACUAUUGAAGAGACAAACUGAUAGCUUGAUCCAGCUGUUGCUUAAGAAAAAUAUAAAUAUAAGAGCCUGUCCACUAAAACUGAGCUUUCAACCAAACUGAGGAGCCUCACAACCUUGAAAAGGAGUUUGACACUCGCCCUACUCGUCCUCCUCUCCUUCUUCUUCUUCUUCUCUUCACAAGCCCCGCCCUUCUCUCUUCCCCUCUUUUGUGGUGUUCUAGUGCAGUAAACCAAAUUUUCUCCUCCCCCUUACAAGAUGCAGUGCAAGCACAUGUAAUAUAGUUCUAUGUAUGUUUACAAUGUUGGGUGUAAAUUACAUAGACACACACACACACACACAUAUACACACAUGACCAUCAGAAGAUACACACAGAAAUAUAUAAUAUCAAAAUCCAGUUUUUUGGUUGGAAGGGGUUGGGGGGAAAAAAUGGCUGGAAUAAAAGAAGCCUUCUGUAUUUUUUAAAAAAGAAGAGAUCCUUUGAAAAAUCCGUUGACGUUUUAUUUGACUGUACAGGAAUUUAAAGAAAAAUUGUAAGUAAUAAUAAACUACUCAAACUAGAUGGUCAAGAUUUAGGUGGUGUAAUUUUUCUGCAGAGUACCUCAGAGAAAGGUAGAUCUGAUCUCGGUGUGCGGACAAAUGUUGUGUUAGUUUUAUUAAAUGGAGAGAUUCCCGUUGUCCAAGAGUUCCCGCAAACAAGCAGAACUGUGGAACUGCUCUUUAGUUCACAUAUUGUCCAGCUGAGCUUUUUCUUUUUUAACCUCUACUUCUGCUUCAUGCUAAUUGGAAUAACAUGCUGAGAUCAUAUUCUAGACAGUCUUAUUUUUUGUUUGUUUGUUUGGUUUACCCCUACAUGUCUCAAAAGAAGCUUUUUCCUCCCACAUUGUUCUCAUUCUGCUAUGCUGCAAAAAAAGAAAAAAAGAAAACAACUUUAAAAAAAAAAAAAAAAAAGGUCCUUGAAAUGGCAAAUUCCCAAUGGGCAGAAGUCUUUGGAAAACAAGGAUGGCCAAUGCUGAACUGGCAGCCUCCAGGAACCCACAACCUCCCCCCUCCCUCAAGGGCAGCAGCAUCAGCAGCCAAGGUGGUGGUGUGCUUUGUGUUUGUAAAGCUAUGUAUUCUGUGCCGUCUUUAUUGUUGUAAGAAAUAAUGCAAAAAAAAAAAACAAGAAAAAAUAAAAUUUCUCAAAAUUC